UUAUGUAUUUUAUCGCCCAUUUAUUUUUAUUUUUUUCUAUAUUUUUCACUUCAAUUUUAACAAAUUCCCCUUCUAAACUACCAGAAUGUCCAUUUAUUGACCCCUCUAAAGAUUUAAAUAAAUGGGCUAAUUUACCUGUAUUUCCACAAAAAUGUAAUGUUACUAAAGAAAUACCUGAAGAAGGAACUGAAGAACGGGAACUUUAUGAUAAGGGAAUACACAGGCAUUACUUUAAUGCUUGGGCUAGCGACAAAAUUGGACCAGAAAGAGAAAUAGAAAUACAGGCACACGAAAAGUGUUCAGAAAUUGAUUAUUCUCAUGUUAAUUUAAAAACAAGCAUUGUAAUUGUUUAUCACAACGAAGCUUUUUCUGUUCUUGUUCGAAUGAUUAAUGGAAUAUUUCGUUAUACCCCUUCAAAACUUUUAAAAGAAAUUAUUUUAUAUGAUGAUGCCUCAGAAUCCCAUUCUUCUAUCGAAACACAAUUAAAAGAAUAUUCUAAAUUAAAAGGAGGGAAUUGGGGAAAUUUAAUUAAAUUUUUUAAAACUGAAGAAAGACAGGGAUUGAUUAGAGCUAAAGUUUUUGCUUCUAGAGAGGCUUCUGGUGAUGUUAUUGUAUUUUUGGAUAGCCAUUGUGAAGUAACCCCCCGUUGGUUGGAACCUUUACUAUCAACUAUUCAGGAAAAUAAGAAAAGAAUUGUUUUGCCAGUAGUUGAUUUAAUUAAUGCAAAUUUGUUUGGUUAUGAAAAGGCAAUGGUGGCUAAAGGAACAUUUGAUUGGGGAUUGCAUUAUAGAUGGGAUUAUUUUGAUUGGUCUUACUUUAAUAAUGAAGAAAAUAAUAUAAAACCAUAUAAAACGCCUACAAUGAGUGGAGGUUUAUUGGCAAUUUCUACAGAAUAUUUUCGGGAAAUUGGUGAAUAUGAUGUUGGAAUGGAGAUUUGGGGAGGAGAAAAUAUUGAACUUUCGCUUAGGGUUUGGCUAUGUGGAGGAGAAGUUUUAGUAGCUCCUUGUAGCCGUGUGGGACAUGUUUUCCGUACACGACGACCUUAUAAAGGGAAACGUGGACUAGACACAUCUCUCUAUAAUGCUUUGAGAACUGCUAAAGUUUGGCUUGGUGAAUAUUAUGAGAAACAAUUCCUUCCUGCCCGUCCAUCUGCCAAAAGAAUUGACCCUGGAGAUUUAACAGAAAGAUUUAAACUCAAAGAAAAACUUCAAUGUAAACCAUUUGAUUGGUUUAUUGAAAAUAUUGAACCAAAUUUAAUGCGUAGACACGAUGAACUUUGA